CGCGCUGGUGCUCCCGGACAACGCUGGCGCCGCUCGGGGCCGUCUUUCUGUGGUCUGCAAUGGCGGACUCGGUUUCAUGUGUGGGUGUGCUGGGGUUGCUACUUGUGUCUGCACUGCCCGGGGUCCUCGGAGACCGCUCCAGCCCCGACCUCCGGGCACACCCAGGAGACCCCUUCCAGGUCGGCCCUGAGGCCGCGGAACCCCGGCGACGGCCGCCGCCCAAGGACCAGCGCGAGCGGGCCCGGGCCGGGGCUCUGCCUCUGGGGGCGCUGUACACCGCAGCUGUCGUGGCUUUUGUGCUGUACAAGUGUUUGCAGCAGGGGAAAGAUGAGAAUGCUCUUCUCCAAGAAGAGGCAGGCAAGAAAGAAUCACUGCAGUCAGAGCAACAGUUGGCCCAGUUGACACAACAGCUGGCCCAGACAGAGCAACACCUGAACAAUCUGAUGGCCCAGCUGGACCCCCUUUUUGAGCGUGUGACUACCCUGGCUGGAGCCCAGCAGGAGCUUCUGAACAUGAAGCUUCAGACCAUCCACCAGCUGCUACAAGAGAGCAAGCCAAACAAGGGUGUGGAGGUUCCAGAACCAGAGGCCAGCAUACCCUUUCCUGAGGACUUAUGUAUAGAGGAGGAGGAGGAGGAGGCUGGUGACAGUCAGGCCUGGGAGGAGCCCUUGAACUGGAGCACAGAGACAAGGAACCUAGCUCCUCCCUGGGAAGUGGAGCAGGGGCUAAGAAGAAGAUGCAGCAAGGCUGUGGGAAGGGCCGCGGCUCCAGUCCCCGCCUGGGAGGAGGAACGACAGCUGAAGGUUUAGUAAAACAAAGUCUGUUCUUGUGACUGGA